AAUCUUCCUGUAUUGACAGAUCUGUAUCUGCUGAUAAUAGUGAACUCAAUAUUGAAUCAUUGAUUGAGAACUUAAAGAAUGUGAUAAUGAAGAAAUUGUCUGUAUUAUAUGUGACUGAGUCUUUCAUAUCUUUUUCUGUCUCUUCUGUCACUUCUUUCUCUGCUACUCUCUUCUCUGUUCCUUUCUCUACUGCUUUCUCUCAAUCUUCUACACUUGUCCCUGUGUCUGAUUCUCCCGCUCUCACUACCUCUGUUUCUGUAACUCUCACUCUCACUACUUCUGCUUUCUCUGAUUCUACUAUCUCUGCUUUCAUUAUCAGCUCUCUCUGUUUCAAGAAGAUGUUGUAUAGACUUAAUGAAUUACAUUUCUCAAGAAUCACUCUUUCUCUUAACAGUAUGAAGAAUAUCUGUGUUUUCAGAAAUGAGAAUAUAAAUGUUGUACUCUUUUACACUUAUGAGUGUGAGACUU